AGUCAGGAUUCGAUUUUGUGAACGAGUUGACGGAAAAUUUUUGAAUCUCAGUUUAAAUCCAAUCAUGGAUCGUUCCGGAAUUUUAGUUCUCUUGAUGAUUCUAUCAUCUGUCAGUGUCAAUGGAAAAUUACAUAAGUCUAUAACUGUACAUAAUAUUUUAAUCUUUUGUUUGCCCUGCAAUAUAGCACCAGGUAUUCAAGUAUGUCCAAGAAAUCUACCAAACAUGGCCGAUUGUAUAAUAAAAUCUAUCAGAAAACUUCAGCCAAGUCUUGUGAGUGGAGAUUUAGGUGGAGGAUUUGUUGUUCCACCCUUGGAACCAUUUAAAAUUGCAAAAGCAAAUAUGAAUGAUUUGAAGUUUGACUUUAUUGUUUUCUUUCCUACUUUGGAAAUCAGAGGGAAAUAUGAUUUGGUUUUCAAACUUUAUGGUAAUGACUUUGAUGGAGACGGAAAAUUUUUAUCAGCAUUUGAAAAUCGUCGAGCUCGCAUUGGAAUGAGAGCAUCAACAGUUCAAGUUUGCAGUCGACAUGAUCCAAACAUAGCAAAAUGCAUUAUUGAGAGUGUGAGAAAUUUACAACCAAGACUGGCUGAUGGUGUGUUAGCGCCAGAUUUUAGAGUUCCUCCUUUAGAACCUCUUAAAUUGGACAAUAUGCACAUUGAUCGUGGUCCUAACUUCCAAGUUCGACUCUCUAAUAUGAUUGUCACCAAAGGAGCAUCAAAUUUUAAAAUCGAAAAGCUGAAAGUUAAUGUAAAUGAGCCGUCAUUUGAUUUCAUUAUUCAUCUUCCAAGAAUUGAAUUUAAAGGAAAAUACGAUCUUAAAAUUCGUGUUGUUGUUGUUGAUCUCGUGGGAAAAAAUGAUAUUUAUGGACGACUUGAUGAUUUCAAGGCUCGUGUGAAAGUGCGUGGUAGAAAAUAUGAGAAAAAUGGCCAAACUUACAUGAAAUUUGAAAAGAUUCAACUCAAAAUUAUUGUCGGAAGGAGUAAUAUUGAGCUGAAAAAUCUUUUUGAGAACAAUCCAACACUUGGAAAAGUUGGAAAUGGUUUCAUCAGUGAAAAUUCAGCUUAUUUUGUUUCGGAAAUCAUCCCAAGUUUAGAGAAAAACUUAUCAGAGAUUUUUACAAAAACAGCAAAUUCUAUAAUUGAAACUUCAACUUUUGAUGAAAUGUUUCCAGAAUAAAAUCAAUCGAAUAUUUAUUUUAAGAAAUAGAAUUAACUUUAUUCAAUAAAUUGUGUACCGAGACAUUUUCUGAU